AUGGACCUUCCCACGCAGGCGAACCUGCGCGUGACGAUCAUCGCCGCGGACGGCUUAUACAAGCGCGAUGUGUUCCGCUUCCCAGACCCUUUUGCGGUCGCAACGGUCGGCGGAGAGCARACCAAGACGACGGGCGUGAUCAAAAAGACGUUGAAUCCUUAUUGGAACGAGAGCUUCGACAUGCGUGUGACCGAGGAGAGCAUUCUCGCAGUUCAGAUCUUUGACCAAAAGAAGUUUAAGAAAAAGGACCAGGGCUUCUUGGGCGUUGUCAACGUGCGUAUUGGCAGCGUGAUUGACCUCGACGCUGGCGGUGAUGAAAUGAUUACACGCGACCUACGAAAGUCCAACGACAAUCUCGUCGUCAACGGCAAGCUCAUCCUCAACCUGUCGACCAACACGCGAGCCCCCAUUGCUAGCGGCAAUCAGGGCAACGCCGCCCGUCCGACAGGCUCUUCCGCGGGUCCAUCUGCGAAUGGCGCUCAGACUCCUUCCACCUCCACCCCGGUUGGCGCGCAGUCAGCUGCGUCGCUUCAGAGCACCGAACGCCCCGUCAGCUACACCGCCCCGUCGAACCGUCAAAGCACUGGACCCGCACCGCCGGCAGGCACGCUGCCCGCAGCAAAUGGCACCAGUGCUCCGGCUAGGAGAGGCACCGAGUCUGGCUUCAGUGCGUUUGAGGAUGCUCAAGGCAGAUUGCCGGCUGGUUGGGAAAGGCGCGAGGACAACUUGGGGCGAACAUACUACGUGGACCACAACUCGAGACAGACCACAUGGAUCCGCCCCACUGCUAACUACAACGCGGGCGAGCAGCGAGCUCAAUUGGAACAGCAGACCAACAUUGAACGAACCAGACAUCAGAACCGUAUGCUGCCCGAGGACCGCGCAGGAGCAAACUCUCCCACACUCUCCGACAGAGCGAAUGCUUCGCCUCCCGCGCACACGCCUGCCGCUGCUUCGACGCCGAACAAUGCAACAUCAGCCCAGAUGGUGGCGACCGGGGCCACUACUGCUGGGACCGGAGAGCUGCCAGCUGGUUGGGAGCAGCGUCACACGCCCGAAGGACGGGCUUACUUUGUAGACCACAAUACGCGCACCACGACAUGGGUGGAUCCAAGGCGGCAGCAGUACAUUCGGAUGUACGGCCAGAAUGCUGCCGGCAACAGCACCAUCCAACAACAGCCAGUGUCUCAAUUGGGCCCUCUGCCUAGUGGAUGGGAAAUGCGCUUGACCAAUACUGCUCGCGUGUACUUUGUCGACCAUAACACCAAGACAACGACAUGGGACGAUCCGCGACUGCCAUCUUCUCUGGAUCAAAAUGUCCCACAAUACAAGCGCGAUUUCCGAAGGAAACUGAUCUACUUUAGGUCGCAACCGGCGCUUAGGAUCCUGUCCGGUCAAUGCCAUGUCAAGAUCCGCCGUUCCCACAUCUUUGAGGAUUCCUACGCGGAGAUCAUGCGUCAAAGUCCAAACGAUCUCAAGAAGCGUCUCAUGAUCAAGUUCGACGGAGAGGACGGUCUAGAUUAUGGUGGUCUUUCUCGAGAGUUCUUCUUCCUCCUCAGUCACGAAAUGUUUAAUCCCUUCUACUGUCUUUUCGAGUACUCAGCACACGACAACUACACUCUUCAGAUCAACCCUCAUUCUGGAAUCAACCCGGAGCAUUUGGGCUACUUCAAAUUUAUUGGACGUGUCGUUGGUCUUGCCAUCUUCCACAGACGAUUCCUUGACGCAUUCUUUAUUGGAGCUUUCUACAAAAUGAUCUUGCGAAAGAAGGUCAACCUCGCGGAUAUGGAGGGUGUCGAUGCCGAAUUUCACCGAACACUGAGCUGGUCGAUGGAGAACGACAUUACGGAUGUCAUUUACAGCACCUUCUCCGUGGAGGAUGAACGCUUUGGCGAGAAAGUGACUGUGGAUCUCAAACCCGGCGGUAGAGACAUUGAGGUUGACAACGACAACAAGAAGGAAUACGUUGAUCUCAUCACGGAGUGGCGCAUUCAGAAGCGUGUUGAGGAGCAGUUCAAUGCUUUCGUUCAGGGAUUCCACGAAUUGAUCCCCGCGGAUCUGGUCAACGUGUUCGACGAGCGCGAGCUGGAAUUACUCAUAGGAGGUAUCGCGGACAUUGACGUCGAUGAUUGGAAGAAGCACACGGAUUACCGUGGGUACACGGAAAACGACCCGGUGGUGCAGAACUUCUGGAAGUGCAUCCGCGGAUGGGACGCAGAACAGAAAUCUCGUCUUCUGCAAUUCGCAACUGGAACCUCGCGAAUUCCCGUCAACGGCUUUAAGGAUCUCCAAGGCUCAGACGGACCACGAAGAUUUACGAUUGAGAAGAGUGGCGAGGAGGCACAGCUGCCAAAAUCGCAUACUUGCUUCAACCGAUUGGAUCUGCCUCCUUAUAAAUCGUAUGAUGCGCUCACUCAAAAGCUCACAUGGGCUGUGGAGGAGACGGUGGGCUUUGGGCAGGAGUAA